AUGAGGGUGAUGUUUUUAAUUGUCGUCUCAGUUUUCUUCAUCAAUUAUUCAUUCAUCAAUGGACUAAAAGGUAUGAUCUCGGGUGGUUUCCAAAGUCUACGCAAACUUUCGAGUAAUAGUUAUGGGAGCAUUCGUAGCUUCUCUGGCAGCAAAUUUAGCUUCAGAAGCGAUUCACCAGUGACUGACAGAACCGAUGCCGAUAGAGAAUCAUGGCAGGCUCAACGUUCAGCCUCAGGAGUAACAGAGAAGAUGAAAAAAGUUGCAAGUUUUGGUUCAGCAUCUUUAAAGGCUUUGGCAUCAGGGGUCGUGGAUGGUGUGCGUCGUAGGACAAGUAGACAGGGAUCCCAAGAAUUUAAAUUUUCUGACGGUGACAUUGACUUGUGCUACGAGCUGCUCAUUGGUACAGAGUUACAAUUACCUAAAUCAACAUGCACCAUCGUCUCGCCUUGCUUCCCUGAACAAGAUGUCGCACAUACGGUAGAAAUCAGUUCCUCGCCCCGAUGUAUGUGCACACCAACGCCCCGCUCCUCGCCAAGACGCUCGCCAACUGGUUCGCCAAGAGGUUCCCCAACCGGUUCACCAUCGCGCUCACCACCGCGUGGCAAAUCAGAUUCGCCACGGUCAAGAUCACCUGAGCGAUCACGCAGCAGUUCAACCGAACGUCGCAGAAGAACCUCGCCUGACCGAACGGUUAAAACGCCACCGGAAAUCUUGGGCCAAAAAUCACCAGAAGAUUUGCCGCGCAACGGAGUCCUUAAAAAAAAGUCCAAACAGUCGCCUGGGGGUUCGCGCAAUGUGUCACCUGUGCCCACCCUUCAAUUCACGGAUACGCCCCACUUCACACAGAUCCCUUCCAGCCCCAAUAAGCCCCUGCCUCCACCUGGACCUCUGAAACCUUCGAUAAGCCUCCCCAAGGGUCUAAUUGAACUCCCCAAAACCUCGCCCGGUGCUGCUAAAACCUCUCCCUCAAAGAAGUGGUCUCCGCCCAAGACUCCACAAAAAUCUCCCCCCAAGUCUCCACCCAAGCCUUCGCCCAAGUCUCCACCCAAGCCUGUAGAUCCUCAGUGGUCACCGCCGCCGCGCAAAAUACUCCCUAAUCUGUACUGGCGAAGGGAAAUGGAAAGGAAGGGAAUACCUGAGAGUCAACUUCAUCUUCGGCCGCGACCUCCUGCACCCCUUCCACCCCCACCGCCAGAGGUUCCUCCUUCUCCACCCCGGAUGUUCAAAUUGUCCCUAGCGAACUGGAGAGAUCUGACUGGCAUCGGCCAACGGAUGAAACAUUUCGUGCCCACAGCAGCUCCCAAUAUCGAUCCUAACGAUCCUCAUCAAGUAGCUUACGCUCAUAUGCAAAAUAGACUGCUCAAAUACUUUACCAUGGACAAAGCUCCUAAUAAGGAAUCGUUCCUACAGGAACUGGACGAUCUUCAUGAUGAGCAAUUCAAACCACAAGCCGUAGAUCAACAAACGCGCUCCAGAAAAUGGAUUGAAAAACACUGCGGUCCUUUAAGGGAUGAGGAUCGCGUAGCGUUGAUCAACGCGCCGCGUGUGAAGCGAUAUUGCAAAAAAAGAUGCAAUAAAAUGUGGGGUUUCGCGUUCGUGCCCUCAUCAGAAGAAGCUCCUAUGGACCCUGCGGAAUUCUUCGCGUGUGGCCGGCUGGUUCCGAUAACGAAGGGCGAUGUGCGUCGUCGCGAUCCAGAACCCUACCUCGACGAGGACCUCCGACCGGUCUUCGCUUGCAACUGCGAUAUCGAUUCGGAAUUCAACGGCCUAAUGCGCAUCGACUCCGCCCAGUUCAGUCGCAUCAAGAAUCACUCCACGGUGCAAAAUGCCGUGGAUUGGCUUAGACUGGCAUUUCAGGGUACGGGAGUGUAUAUACUGAGCCAUGCGGAAUACGAGAUGCAGUGGGGGCUACUGUUCGACAAGAGAAAAAUGCCGAACCCGGCGCAGAACGCCCAACACCGUGCUGAUCAGGGAAAAGCUGCAGGUGGGGAGGAUGACGAGGAAGCAGAUGAACAUUACUGGGAGAAUAUGAAAUUCUACAGGAAAUCAUCUCCUCCACAUCCAACUAGAGCUCCAUCAACACUUUAA